GCUCUUGACAUAAACACAGGGUAAUCUCACUCUCUCUCUCCAGAGCGGAAGAAUGUCUUUUCUUUCCACACAAUUUCUCCCCCCCUUUAUCCAGACUCCAGAGUCCUCUUUGUCAGUCUUUGCCAAAUCCAACUAAAUAUCUUUCUGAUAUUCCUCUGUUCUUACUAAUUUCCUAUUAAAUUGUGAGGAUUUUUCUCUUCGCCGGAAAGUUUUGCCAAUCUCGGGGAAUUUUUCGAGAAGAUCGAAGCUUCAAACUACGAUCGGUGACUGAAAGCUCUUGAUUGUCAAGUUCGUGGAUGUUUAGGCUUCUUGUGGCCUUCAGGAAUUGAGAUGGGUUCCAUACGAGGACCGGUGAUUUGCCCUGUCAUCCGUGCGAAACAAAAUGGACUUGACAUCCCUUCUGUUCAUGGGCCUUUAAUGAAGGCUAAAUUUUUUAGAAGUGGAUUCUGGGGACUUAAAGGGAUCAAUAGUCGUGGGACUAAUAUGAGCCAUCAAGCUCUUUUGCGAAAAAGCAAAACAGUGCAGUGUAGUUUCAGUUCCUCAUCAAACGGAAAUGAGAGCAGGGCGGAGAACUUCAAUGAAAAUGAUGCAGAUUAUGUGAAUUCCAGUGUAGUAGAAGCUGUUGAGGUGAAGAGUGGCCCAAGUGGUUUCAUGAUCAAGAUGAGAGAUGGUCGGAAUUUAAGCUGCGUCUAUAACAACCCUCAGGGUGGGCAUCUGCCUGAUUAUGCUCCACAUCCGGCAAUUGUACUAAAGAUGGAAGAUGGAUCUGGAAUUCUUCUCCCCAUAAUUGUUUUGGAGAUGCCAAGUGUGUUGCUCAUGGCAGCCGUGCGCAAUGUCCAAAUUGUUAGGCCAACAAUGUAUCAGGUGGUGAUGGAAAUGAUCGGCAAGAUGGGAUAUGCAGUAAAACUUGUUAGAGUCACCAAGAGAGUACAUGAGGCAUAUUUCGCUCAGUUAUACCUCACAAAGAUGGGUGAUGACAGUGUGUGUAUCAGUUUCGACCUUCGACCUUCAGAUGCCAUCAAUAUUGCAGUGAGAUGCAAGGUGCCAAUACAAGUCAACAAGUACUUGGCUUAUAGUGAUGGAAUGAGAGUCAUUGAAUCUGCAAAGCUGUCCAUGCAGGGUUCUUCUUCAGUUGGCGUACUAUUUACACAACUGGACCAACCUAGUGGCCAGCCAUGCAUUGAGACAAAGGAGUUUGAUCUUUUGCGCAACAUGCUAAUUGCUGCAGUUGAGGAACGUUACAGGGAUGCAGCAAAAUGGAGGGACAAACUCGUUCAACUUCGUUCUCAGAGGAAUUGGACAUAGCAAGUGUAAGAGGAAGAUGAAACUUGUAUAUACAGUUGGUCAAAGUUGACAAGGUCGGCAUCUUCAGUAAUCAAUCAUCUCUCUCUCUCUCUCUCUCUCUCUCUCUCUCUCUCU